GGAAAAUAUCUCCAUUUCUCUUGCCCCACUCUCCUCUUUUCUAUUUCCAGACUCAAACCAGCAGUCCCUCCUCUGAAAGUGCUUCUUCUCCUCCUCCUCCGUCUCUGGAGCUAUGGCUUCCGAUUCUCCUGCUAAGAAGGUUUUGGUUCCGAUUGCGAACGGCACGGAGCCGAUUGAGGCGGUGAUCACCGUCGAUGUUCUGCGGCGAGCUGGGGCCGAUGUUACUGUGGCUUCUGUGGAGAAGCAGCUUCGGGUUGAUGGUUACCACGGCGUUAAGAUCGUCGCUGAUGCUUUGAUUUCGGAUUGUAGCCAAACUGUCUUCGAUCUCAUCGCUCUACCCGGUGGCAUCCCUGGUGCCGCUAAUCUUAAGAAUAGUGAGGUUCUGGAAAGCUUGGUGAAGAAGCAGGCUGCAGAUGGGAAGCUGUACGCCGCAAUCUGUGCUUCACCUGCAGUGGCACUUGCGUCAUGGGGCGUGUUGAAGGGACUGAAAGCAACUUGUUAUCCACCUUUUAUGGAGCAAUUAGCAUCUGGUGCAACCGCUGUUGAAUCAAGAGUGCAGGUGGAUGGCAAAGUUGUGACAAGUAGUGGACUUGGUACUACCAUGGAGUUUGCUGUUGCACUGGUCGAGCAAUUGUAUGGGAAAGAAAAAGCUGAUGAAGUUUCUGGGCCACUGGUGAUGCGUUCCAACCAUGGGGAUGAAUAUGUCAUAACCGAGCUAAACCCAGUUGAGUGGACUGCCAGUGAUUCCCCUAAGAUUCUUGUACCUAUUGCGAAUGGCACAGAGGAAAUGGAAGCUAUUAUAAUCAUUGAUAUUCUACGAUGGGCCAAAGCAGAUGUUGUGGUGGCCUCUGUAGAGGAUAAACUAGAAAUUAUUGCUUCCCGCAAAGUUAAACUGGAGGCAGAUAUGUCCCUCGAUGAAGCUACCAAACUUUCGUAUGACCUGAUUGUCUUGCCUGGUGGACUUGGUGGUGCCCAAGCAUUUGCAAAAUCGGAAAAGCUCAUGAAUUUGUUAAAAAAGCAGAGGGUAUCACAGAGACCUUAUGGAGCAAUAUGUGCCUCCCCAGCUCUAGUUUUGGAACCCCAUGCCCUACUCAAGGGCAAAAAGGCGACAGCGUUCCCCGCAAUGUGCGACAAGCUGUCAGAUAAAAGUGAAAUCGAGAACAGGGUAGUGGUUGACGGCAACCUCAUCACCAGUAGAGGACCAGGAACUUCAAUGGAGUUCGCUUUUGGAAUUGUUGAGAAGUUUCUUGGCCGCAAGAAAGCAAUAGAGCUCGCGAAAGUCCUUCUUUUCGUUCAUCCUUAGAGCUCAUGUUCUGGUAUAGAAAGCUGGAUUCAUAUCUGAGUGUGAAUCCUUUGUGCUUUACGGAGUUUGUGUAUAAAUAAAUGUGUAGAGAACUGGCAUGAUAUUGUUCAUCUGUAGUUUUGUACUGAACAGUCUCUGUUAGAACCCAAAAAAAUAGUUCAUCUGUAGUUUUGUACUCACCAGUCUGUUAGAACCAAAAACAAGAGUUCCAUCUGUAGUUUUGUUGUAUCAUAGUUGAUGUAGGCAGACCUACGUAUUUUCCGUUUGAUAA